AUGAGCAAGUCGUUUCUGAUCGCUGACAUCCUGUCUGUUACCGAGAAGCCCCAAGCAGGAGGCCAGGAGGGGAAUCACCACGAUUCUCCCACUUUAGAUUCAUCAACGGAGUCGGACAGACUGGAGCUGCAGACGACUGAUCUGUCGUUUGCAUCGUUGCACAGAGCCAAAUGUCAACGUCGCCGGAGGACGGCGUUCACCAAUCCCCAGCUGCAAUAUUUGGAGAAGAAGUUCCGCUGUCAGAAAUACCUCAGUGUCAGCGACAGAGCGGAAGUCUCCAGAAAACUGGAUCUGUCGGAGACCCAAGUCAAGACCUGGUACCAGAACAGGAGAACUAAAUGGAAACGACAGACGACACCAGAGGCACGCGCGCAGGAACUGCGUCAUCACAUGUGUGACGCAAUGGACUGUCCAGGAUCUAGUCACGUGACGGGUGGUGGUCCUGUGUCGCCCCUGCAGCUGCGGCUGGCCAUGGCGAUCGCCGUCAACACCGACCCCGUCCUGGCGCAGUACUGUCUGAGGGCGGCAGGCGUCAUCUAA